AUGUCAGCGUGGACAUUUGCAAUGGCCCGACGGCGCAAUGACACGGGAAGUCCCCUUGUUUUGAGGGAAGAAGAUUGGGGAACUCAUGGUUCAGUAUCUAGACUUUUCCUCAUUGUCCUGUAUAAUCACGGCCUUCACCCUUGUUGGGACUCCACAGAUUUGGAGCUGAUCAGAUGGAGAGAACAGUACAUGGACCAGGGAAUCCUCAGUGCCUUAAUAGAUCCUAAGUACUUACUUCUUAUUUCCCAUAGAGGCUUACACAUGAAGUCAAUGAAAGGAUUCUGUUUUGCAAAGCUGUAUUAUGAAGCUAAAGAAUAUGAUCUUGCUAAAAAAUACAUAUGUACUUACAUUAAUGUGCAAGAGAGGGAUCCCAAAGCUCACAGAUUUCUGGGUCUUCUUUAUGAAUUGGAAGAAAACACAGACAAAGCCGUUGAAUGUUACAGGCGUUCAGUGGAAUUAAACCCAACACAAAAAGAUCUUGUGUUGAAGACUGCAGAAUUGCUUUGUAAAAAUGAUGUUACUGAUGGAAGAGCAAAAUACUGGGUUGAGAGAGCAGCUAAACUUUUCCCAGGAAGUCCUGCAAUUUAUAAACUAAAGGAACAGCUUCUAGAUUGUGAAGGUGAAGAUGGAUAGAAUAAACUUUUUGACUUGAUUCAGUCAGAACUUUAUGUAAGACCUGAUGACAUCCAUGUGAACAUCCGGCUAGUGGAGUUGUAUCGCUCAAAUAAAAGAUUGAAGGAUGCUGUGGCCCACUGCCAUGAGGCAGAGAAGAACAUAGCUUUGCGUUCAAGUUUAGAAUGGAAUUAAUGUGUUGUACAGACCCUUAAGGAAUAUCUGGAGUCUUUACAGUGUUUGGAGUCUGAUAAAAGUGACUGGUGAGCAACAAAUACAGACUUACUGCUGGCCUAUGCUAAUUUUACACUUCUUACGCUUUCCACUAGAGAUGUGCAGGAAAGUAGAGAAUUACUGGAAAGUUUUGAUAGUGCUCUUCAGUCUGUGAAAUCUUUGGGUGGAAAUGAUGAACUGUCAGCUACUUUCUUAGAAAUGAAAGGACAUUUCUACAUGCAUGCUGGUUCUCUGCUUUUGAAGAUGGGUCAGCAUAGUAAUGUUCAAUGGCGAGCUCUUUCUGAGCUGGCUGCAUUGUGCUAUCUCAUAGCGUUUCAGGUUCCAAGACCAAAGAUUAAAUUAAUAAAAGGAGAAGCUGGACAAAAUCUGCUGGAAAUGAUGGCCUGUGACCGACUGAGCCAAUCAGGGCACAUGUUGCUAAACUUAAGUCGUGGCAAGCAAGAUUUUUUAAAAGAGGUUGUUGAAUCUUUUGCCAACAAAAGCGGGCAGUCUGCAUUAUAUGAUGCUCUGUUUUCUAGUCAGUCACCUAAGGAUACAUCUUUUCUUGGUAGCGAUGAUAUUGGAAACAUUGAUGUACAAGAACCAGAGCUUGAAGAUUUGGCUAGAUACCAUGUUGGUGCUAUUCGAGCACAUAAUGGUAGUCUUCAGCACCUUACUUGGCUUGGCUUACAGUGGAAUUCAUUGCCUGCUUUACCUGGAAUCCGAAAAUGGCUAAAACAGCUUUUCCAUCAUCUGCCCCAGGAAACCUCAAGGCUUGAAACAAAGGCACCUGAAUCAAUAUGUAUUUUAGAUCUUGAAGUAUUUCUCCUUGGAGUAGUAUAUACCAGCCACUUACAAUUAAAGGAGAAAUGUAAUUCUCACCACAGCUCCUAUCAACCAUUAUGCCUGCCCCUUCCUGUGUGUAAACAGCUUUGUACAGAAAGACAAAAAUCGUGGUGGGAUGCGGUUUGUACUCUGAUUCACAGAAAAGCAGUACCUGGAAACUCAGCAAAAUUGAGACUUCUAGUUCAGCAUGAAAUAAACACUCUAAGAGCCCAAGAAAAACAUGGCCUUCAACCUGCUCUGCUUGUACAUUGGGCAAAAUGCCUUCAGAAAACGGGCAGCGGUCUUAAUUCUUUUUAUGAUCAACGAGAAUACAUAGGGAGAAGUGUUCAUUAUUGGAAGAAAGUUUUGCCAUUGUUGAAGAUAAUAAAAAAGAACAGUAUUCCUGAACCUAUUGAUCCUCUGUUUAAACAUUUUCAUAGUGUAGACAUUCAAGCAUCAGAAAUUGUUGAAUAUGAAGAUGCACACAUAACUUUUGCUAUAUUGGAUGCAGUAAAUGGAAAUACAGAAGAUGCUAUGACUGCAUUUGAAUCUAUAAAAAGCGUUGUUUCUUAUUGGAAUCUUGCACUGAUUUUUCACAGGAAGGCAGAAGACACUGAAAAUGAUGCCCUUUCUCCUGAAGAACAAGAAGAAUGCAAAAAUUAUCUGAGAAAGACCAGGGACUACCUAAUAAAGAUUUUAGAUGACAGUGAUUCAAAUCUUUCAGUGGUCAAGAAAUUGCCUGUGCCCCUGGAGUCUGUAAAAGAGAUGCUUAAUUCAGUCAUGCAGGAACUCGAAGACUAUAGUGAAGGAGGUCUUCUUUAUAAAAAUGGUUCUUUGCGAAAUGCAGAUUCAGAAAUAAAACAUUCUACACCGUCUCCUACCAAAUAUUCACUAUCACCAAGUAAAAGUUACAAGUAUUCUCCCAAAACACCACCUCGAUGGGCAGAAGAUCAGAAUUCUUUACUGAAAAUGAUUUGCCAACAAGUAGAGGCCAUUAAGAAAGAAAUGCAGGAGUUGAAACUAAAUAGCAGUAACUCAGCAUCCCCUCAUUGUUGGCCCACAGAGAAUUAUGGACCAGACUCAGUGCCUGAUGGAUAUCAGGGGUCACAGACAUUUCAUGGGGCUCCACUAACAGUUGCAACUACUGGCCCUUCAGUAUAUUAUAGUCAGUCACCAGCAUAUAAUUCCCAGUAUCUUCUCAGACCAGCAGCUAAUGUUACUCCCACAAAGGGCCCAGUCUAUGGCAUGAAUAGGCUUCCACCCCAACAGCAUAUUUAUGCCUAUCCGCAACAGAUGCACACACUACCAGUGCAAAGCUCAUCUGCUUGUAUGUUCUCUCAGGAGAUGUAUGGUCCUCCUGCAUUGCGUUUUGAGUCUCCUGCAACAGGAAUUCUAUCGCCCAGGGGUGAUGAUUACUUUAAUUACAAUGUUCAACAGACAAGCACUAAUUCACCUUUGCCAGAACCAGGAUAUUUCACAAAACCUCCAAUUGCAGCUCAUGCUUCAAGAUCUGCAGAAUCUAAGGCUAUAGAAUUUGGGAAAACUAAUUUUGUUCAGCCCAUGCCGGGUGAAGGAAUAAGGCCAUCUUUGCCAACACCAGCACACACAACACAGCCAACUCCUUUUAAAUUUAACUCAAAUUUCAAAUCAAAUGAUGGUGACUUCACGUUUUCCUCACCACAGGUUGUGACACAGCCCCCUCCUGCAGCUUACAGUAACAGUGAAAGCCUUUUAGGUCUCCUGACUUCAGAUAAACCCUCGCAAGGAGAUGGCUAUAGUGGACCCAAACCAAUCCCUGGUUGUCAAAACAUUGGGCCUCGAAAUACAUUCAAUUUUGGAAGCAAAAAUGUGUCCGGAAUUUCAUUUACAGAAAACAUGGGGUCGAGUCAGCAAAAGAAUUCUGGUUUUCGGCGAAGUGAUGAUAUGUUUACUUUCCAUGGUCCAGGGAAAUCAGUAUUUGGAACACCCACUUUAGAGACAGCAAACAAGAAUCAUGAGACAGAUGGAGGAAGUGCCCAUGGGGAUGAUGAUGAUGACGGUCCUCACUUUGAGCCUGUAGUACCUCUUCCUGAUAAGAUUGAAGUAAAAACUGGUGAGGAAGAUGAAGAAGGAUUCUUUUGCAACCGCGCAAAAUUGUUUCGUUUUGAUGUAGAAUCCAAAGAAUGGAAGGAACGUGGGAUUGGCAAUGUAAAAAUACUGAGGCAUAAAACAUCUGGUAAAAUUCGCCUUCUAAUGAGGCGAGAGCAAGUAUUGAAAAUCUGUGCAAAUCAUAAUUACAUCAGUCCAGAUAUGAAAUUGACACCAAAUGCUGGAUCAGACAGAUCAUUUGUAUGGCAUGCCCUUGAUUAUGCAGAUGAGUUGCCAAAACCAGAACAACUUGCUAUUAGGUUCAAAACUCCUGAGGAUGCAGCACUUUUUAAGUGCAAGUUUGAAGAAGCCCAGAGCAUUUUAAAAGCCCCAGGAAGAAAUGUAGCCACAGCAUCAAAUCAGGCUGUCAGAAUUGUAAAAGAACCCACAAGUCAUGACAACAAGGAUAUUUGCAAAUCUGAUGCUGGAAACAUGAAUUUUGAAUUCCAAGUUGCAAAGAAAGAAGGGUCUUGGUGGCAUUGUAACAGCUGCUCAUUAAAGAAUGCUGCAACUGCUAAGAAAUGUGUAUCCUGCCAAAAUCUAAACCCAAGCAAUAAAGAGCUUGUUGGCCCACCAUUAGCUGAAACUGUUUUUACUCCUAAAACCGGCCCAGAGAAUGUUCAAGAUUGAUUUGCAUUGGUGACUCCAAAGAAAGAAGGUCACUGGGAUUGCAGUAUUUGUUUAGUAAGAAAUGAACCUACUGUAUCUAGGUGCAUUGCGUGUCAGAAUACAAAAUCUGCUAACAAAAGUGGAUCUUCAUUUGUUCAUCAAGCUUCAUUUAAAUUUGGCCAGGGAGAUCUUCCUAAACCUGUUAACAGUGAUUUCAGAUCUGUUUUUUCUACAAAGGAAGGACAGUGGGAUUGCAGUGUAUGUUUGGUACAAAAUGAGGGGAGCUCUACAAAAUGUACUGCUUGUCAGAAUCUGAGAAAACAGAGUCUACCUGCUACUUCUAUUCCAACACCUGCCUCUUUUAAGUUUGGUACUUCGGAGACAAGUAAAACUCCAAAAAGUGGAUUUGAGGACAUGUUUGCUAAGAAGGAAGGACAGUGGGAUUGCAGUUCAUGCUUAGUGUGAGAUGAAGCAAAUGCUACAAGAUGUGUUGCUUGUGAGAAUCCGGAUAAACCAAGUCCAUCUACUUCUGUUCCAGCUCCUGCCUCUUUUAAGUUUGGUACUUCAGAGACAAGCAAGGCUCCAAAGAGCGGAUUUGAGGGAAUGUUCACUAAAAAGGAAGGACAGUGGGAUUGCAGUGUGUGCUUAGUAAGAAAUGAAGCCAGUGCUACCAAAUGUAUUGCUUGUCAGAAUCCAGGUAAACGAAAUCAAACUACUUCUGCAAUUUUAACACCUGCCUCUUCAGAGACAAGCAAGGCUCCAAAGAGCGGAUUUGAGGGAAUGUUCACUAAAAAGGAAGGACAGUGGGAUCGCAGUGUGUGCUUAGUAAGAAAUGAAGCCAGUGCUACCAAAUAUAUUGCUUGUCAGAAUCCAGGUAAACAAAAUCAAACUACUUCUGCAGUUUCAACAUCUGCCUCUUCAGAGACAAGCAAGGCUCCAAAGAGCGGAUUUGAGGGAGUGUUCACUAAGAAGGAAGGACAGUGGGAUUGCAGUGUGUGCUUAGUAAGAAAUGAAGCCAGUGCUACCAAAUGUAUUGCUUGUCAGUGUCCAAGUAAACAAAAUCAAACAACUGCAAUUUCAACACCUGCCUCUUCGGAGAUAAGCAAGGCUCCAAAAAGUGGAUUUGAAGGAAUGUUCAUCAAGAAAGGACAGUGGGAUUGUAGUGUUUGCUGUGUACAAAAUGAUUCUUCCUUAAAAUGUGUGGCUUGUGAUGCCUCUAAACCAACUAAUAAACCUAUUGCAGAAGCUCCUUCAGCUUUCACAUUGGGCUCAGAAAUGAAGUUGCAUGACUCUUCUGGAAGUCAGGUGGGAACAGGAUUUAAAAGUAAUUUCUCAGAAAAAGCUUUUAAGUUUGGCAAUACAGAGCAACGAUUCAAAUUUGGGCAUGUGGAUCAAGAAAAUUCACCUUCAUUUAUGUUUCAGGGUUCUUCUAAUACAGAAUUUAAGUCAACCAGAGAAGGAUUUUCCAUCCCUGUGUCUGCUGAUGGAUUUAAAUUUGGCAUUUCAGAACCAGGAAAUCAAGAAAAGAAAAGUGAAAAGCCUCUUGAAAAUGAUACUGGCUUCCAGGCUCAGAAUAUUAGUAGCCAGAAGAAUGGUAGUGGUGUGAUUUUUGGUCAAACAAGUAGCACUUUUACAUUUGCAGAUCUUGCAAAAUCAACUUCAGGAGAAGGAUUUCAGUUUGGCAAAAAAGACUCCAAUUUCAAGGGAUUUUCAGGUGCUGGAGAAAAAUUAUUCUCAUCACAAUGCGGUAAAAUGGCCGAUAAAGCAAACACUUCUGGUGACUUUGAGAAAGAUGAUGAUGCCUAUAAGACUGAGGACAGCGAUGACAUCCAUUUUGAACCAGUAGUUCAAACGCCUGAAAAAGUAGAACUUGUAACAGAAGAAGAAGAUGAAAAAGUUCUGUAUUCACAGCGGGUAAAACUAUUUAGAUUUGAUGCUGAGAUAAGUCAGUGGAAAGAAAGGGGCUUGGGGAACUUAAAAAUUCUCAAAAAUGAGGUCAAUGGCAAACUAAGAAUGCCGAUGCGAAGAGAACAAGUACUAAAAGUGUGUGCUAAUCAUUGGAUAACGACUACAAUGAACCUGAAGCCUCUCUCUGGAUCCGACAGAGCAUGGAUGUGGUUAGCCAGUGAUUUUUCUGAUGGUGAUGCUAAACUAGAGCAGUUGGCAGCAAAAUUUAAAACACCAGAGCUGGCUGAAGAAUUCAAGCAAAAAUUUGAGGAAUGCCAGCGGCUUCUGUUAGACAUACCACUUCAAACUCCCCAUAAACUUGUAGAUACUGGCAGAGCUGCCAAGUUAAUACAGAGAGCUGAAGAAAUGAAGAGUGGACUGAAAGAUUUCAAAACAUUUUUGACGAAUGAUCAAACAAAAGUCACUGAGGAUGAGAAUAAGAGUUCAGGUACAGGUGCAGCUGGUGCCUCAGACACAACAAUAAAACCCAAUCCUGAAAACACUGGGCCCACAUUAGAAUGGGAUAACUAUAAUUUAAGGGAAGAUGCUUUGGAUGAUAGUGUUAGUAGUAGCUCAGUACAUGCUUCUCCAUUGGCAAGUAGCCCUGUGAGAAAAAAUCUUUUCCGCUUUGGUGAGUCAACAACAGGAUUUAACUUCAGUUUUAAAUCUGCUUUGAGUCCAUCUAAGUCUCCUGCCAAGUUGAAUCAGAGUGGGACUUCAGUUGGCACUGAUGAAGAAUCUGAUGUUACUCAAGAAGAAGAGAGAGAUGGACAGUACUUUGAACCUGUUGUUCCUUUACCUGAUCUAGUUGAAGUAUCCAGUGGUGAGGAAAAUGAACAAGUUGUUUUUAGUCACAGGGCAAAACUCUACAGAUACGAUAAAGAUGUUGGUCAGUGGAAAGAAAGGGGCAUUGGUGAUAUAAAGAUUUUACAGAAUUAUGAUAAUAAGCAAGUUCAUAUAGUGAUGAGAAGGGACCAAGUAUUAAAACUUUGUGCCAAUCACAGAAUAACUCCAGACAUGACUUUGCAAAAUAUGAAAGGGACAGAAAGAGUAUGGGUGUGGACUGCAUGUGAUUUUGCAGAUGGAGAAAGAAAAGUAGAGCAUUUAGCUGUUUGUUUUAAACUACAGGAUGUUGCAGACUCGUUUAAGAAAAUUUUUGAUGAAGCAAAAGCAGCCCAGGAAAAAGAUUCUUUGAUAACACCUCAUGUUUCUCGGUCAAGCACUCCCAGAGAGUCACCAUGUGGCAAAAUUGCUGUAGCUGUAUUAGAAGAAACCACAAGAGAGAGGACAGAUGUUAUUCAGGGUGAUGAUGUAGCAGAUACAACUUCAGAAGUUGAAGUGUCUAGCACAUCUGAAACAACAAAAGCAGUGGUUUCUCCUCCAAAGUUUGUAUUUGGUUCAGAGUCUGUUAAAAGCAUUUUUGGUAGUGAAAAAUCAAAACCAUUUGCAUUUGGCAACAGUUCAGCCACUGGGUCUUUGUUUGGAUUUAGUUUUAAUGCACCUUUGAAAAGUAACAAUAAUGAAACUAGUUCAGUAGCCCAGAGUGGAUCUGAAAGCAAAGCGGAACCUGACAAAUGUGAACUGUCAAAGAACUCUGAUAUCGAACAGUCUUCAGAUAGCAAAGUCAAAAAUCUCUUUGCUUCCUUUCCAACGGAAGAAUCUUCAAUCAACCACACAUUUAAAACACCAGAAAAGGGAUUUAAUUUUAGCCUCUUUAAAUCUAAUCCCAUGGCCUUUUGGACUAGCACCCCUUCCUCACAGCCUAAGAGCAAAGCAAAAGAGAAGAAAAAACCUGAAGAUUCCCCCUCAGAUGAUGAUGUUCUCAUUGUAUAUGAAGUAACUCCAACCGCUGACCAGAAAGCCCUUGCAACCAAACUUAAACUUCCUCCAACUUUCUUCUGCUACAAGAAUAGACCAGAUUAUGUUAGUGAAGAAGAGGAGGAUGAUGAAGAUUUCGAAACAGCUGUCAAGAAACUUAAUGGAAAACUAUAUCUGGAUGGCUCAGAAAAAUGUAGACCCUUGGAAGAAAAUAUAGCAGAUAAUGAGAAAGAAUGUAUCAUUGUUUGGGAAAAGAAACCAACAGUUGAAGAGAAGGCAAAAGCAGAUACGUUAAAACUUCCACCUACAUUUUUUUGUGGAGUCUGUAGUGAUACUGAUGAAGACAAUGGAAAUGGGGAAGACUUUCAAUCAGAGCUUCAAAAAGUUCAGGAAGCUCAAGUAAGAACAUCUCUAAUAAAUUUUCCUUUUAGUUCCAUUGCCUUUGUUGAUGCAGUAAACUUUAGAAUGUUCUUAUUUAAUAAGAGGGGGAUGAAAAAUGUAAAAAAUAGAUACCAGUGUUUAAAUAUCCUGAUUUAUUCAUCAGAUAAAAAUUCCCAGUGGGCAAAUACUGGAGCGGCUGUGUUUGGAACACAGUCAGUCGGAACCCAGUCAGCCAGUAAAGUUGGUGAAGAUGAAGAUGGUAGUGAUGAAGAAGUAGUUCAUAAUGAAGAUAUCCAUUUUGAACCAAUAGUGUCACUACCAGAGGUAGAAGUAAAAUCUGGAGAAGAAGAUGAAGAAAUUUUGUUUAAAGAGAGAGCCAAACUUUAUAGAUGGGAUCGGGAUGUCAGUCAGUGGAAGGAGCGUGGUGUUGGAGAUAUAAAGAUUCUUUGGUAUACAAUGAAGAAUUAUUACCGGAUCCUAAUGAGAAGAGACCAGGUUUUUAAAGUGUGUGCAAACCACGUUAUUACUAAAACAAUGGAAUUAAAGCCCUUAAAUGUUUCAAAUAAUGCUCUAGUUUGGACUGCCUCAGAUUAUGCUGAUGGAGAAGCAAAAGUAGAACAGCUUACAGUGAGAUUUAAAACUAAGGAAGUAGCUGAUUGUUUCAAGAAAACAUUUGAAGAAUGUCAGCAGAAUUUAAUGAAACCCCAGAAAGGACAUGUAUCACUGGCAGCAGAAUUAUCAAAGGAGACCGAUCCUGUGGUGGUUUUCGAUGUUUGUGCGGACAGUGAACCUCUAGGGAGGAUAACUAUGGAAUUAUUUUCGAACAUUGUUCCUCGGACUGCUGAGAACUUCAGAGCACUAUGCACUGGAGAGAAAGGCUUUGGUUUCAAGAAUUCCAUUUUUCACAGAGUAAUUCCAGAUUUUAUUUGCCAAGUAGGAGAUAUCACCAAACAUGAUGGAACAGGCGGACAGUCCAUUUAUGGAGACAAAUUUGAAGAUGAAAAUUUUGAUGUGAAACAUACUGGUCCUGGUUUACUAUCCAUGGCCAAUCAAGGUCAGAAUACCAAUAAUUCUCAAUUUUUUAUAACACUGAAAAAAGCAGAACAUUUGGACUUUAAGCAUGUAGUAUUUGGGUUUGUUAAGGAUGGCAUGGAUACUGUGAAAAAGACUGAAUCAUUUGGUUCUCCCAAAGGGUCUGUUUGUCGAAGAAUAACUAUCACAGAAUGCGGACAGAUAUAAAAUCAUUUUUUUCAUAGAAAAUUUCAUCUGUAUAAGCAGUUGGAUUGAAGCUUAGCUAUUACAAUUUGAUAAUUAUGUUCAGCUUUUGAAAAUGGACGUUUCCAAUGUAAAAAUGUAAAAUUGCAGCUUAUAGCUGUUGUCACUUUUUAAUGUGCUAUAAUUGACCUUGCAUGGUGUGAAAUAAAAGUUUAAACACUGGUGUA